GCAGUUCAUCAGAGGAAGAAUUGGAAGCCAAUGUUCAUUUAUCACCAUGUGCAAAGUAUUGAGAAAAGUUUGGAUACCAGUGAUCAGAAGAAUUAUGGGAAAAAUUUCCACUUGCCUUCCCAUGUAAAAAUAGGCAAGUUGCACCCUGCAAUCAUAGUUAAAUCAGCAUUCUCUAGACCAGCAUUUGACCCAACCCUCAAUCUCUUAGCUAUGACGGGGGAGCACCAGGAAGUGGAAAACCUGCCCAUCCCAGCAGCUAAUGUGAUCACUAUGACUCUGCAAAUGGAUGUAAACAAGCUGAAUAUCACAUUGCUUCGGAUUUUCCGCCAGGGAGUGGCUGCUGCUUUAGGACUCUUGCCGCAGCAAGUGCAUAUCAACCGACUCAUUGGCAAGAGGAACUGUGUUGAGCUCUUCAUAUCUCCAGUCAGUAGCAAAGGAGUUUCUGAUACUAUCCCAUCUGAAGAAGUGCUAAGAUCUCUUAAUAUCAACGUCCUACGCCAGGGUUUAACCCAGUUUGGAAUUACAGAGAUAUCCCCAGAGUCAAAGAAAAAUGUUUUGCAAGGCAAGCACGAGUCAGAUAAACUCUGGAGUAAAGAAGGAUUUUAUGCUGUCAUAAUCUUCCUCAGCAUCUUUGUUGUUAUUGUGACAUGUCUGAUGGUUCUAUACCGAGUGAAAGAGAAAAUACAAUUUUCUGUGAGACAGGAGAAGAACAAAAAACAAGAAAUACACCUUUCUUCCAUCCCUCUGCAAAGAACUCCAUCUGAAUACAAGACAGCAAACAGAAUGGUCCAACCUGAACAGACCCGUAAAGUCAUAAAUGUCGUAGUAGAUCCCCAUGGGCAAUGUACUACUGAGAUCAAGCCCUCACUUUCUGCUAGUCCAUCACCUUUCAAAAUGAAACCAGUGGGGCUACAAGAAAGACGAGGAUCCAACGUCUCACUCACCUUAGACAUGAGCAGCUUAGGAUGUGCUGAACCUUUAAUAGCUGUGCCAACCCCAAGGGAAAAAGUAGCAAUGGAGUAUCUACAGUCAGCCAGCAGGAUCUUGACCAAAGAGCAAUUAAAAGACAUAGUUGCAAGUUCUCAUUUACUUCAGACAGAAUUCAUGGAAAUCCCCAUGAAUUUUGUCAAUCCUAAAGAAAUAGACAUCCCUAGUCAUGGAACCAAAAAUCGUUAUAAGACCAUUCUUCCAAAUCCUGUAAGCAGGGUAUAUUUGAAACCAAGGAACCCAGGGGAUGCUUUGAGCACCUACAUAAAUGCUAACUACAUCAGAGGUUAUGGUGGCCAAGAGAAAGCUUUCAUUGCAACUCAGGGGCCUAUGAUUAAUACUGUGAAUGAUUUCUGGCUGAUGGUAUGGCAAGAGGACAGUCCCGUUAUUGUUAUGAUCACAAAGCUGAAGGAGAAAAAUGAGAAAUGUGUGCUGUAUUGGCCAGAGAAAAGAGGGAUAUAUGGAAAAGUGGAAGUACUUGUUGACAAUGUUCAAGAAUGUGAGAAUUACACUGUCCGCAAUCUUACAUUAAAGCAAGGAAACCAGUCAAGGGAUGUCAAACAUUACUGGUACACUUCCUGGCCAGAUCACAAAACUCCAGUCAGUGCUCAACCUCUUUUGCAACUCAUGCUGGAUGUAGAAGAGGACAGGAUGGCUUCAACUGAUAGAGGACCUAUAAUUGUUCAUUGCAGUGCUGGAAUAGGAAGAACAGGGUGUUUUAUUGCUACUGCAAUUGGUUGCCAUCAGCUGAGGGAAGAAGGAGUUGUUGACGCAUUGAGUAUUGUCUGCCAACUGCGCUUGGACAGAGGUGGAAUGGUCCAAACAAGUGAACAGUAUGAAUUUGUUCAUCAUGCGUUGAAUCUGUAUGAAAGCAGGCUCUCCGCUGAAGCUGUCCAGUGAAACCAAGAGGGAAAAAGUAACAGGUCACUUUCUUUUGAGGUAAUUUGUUUCAUUACCUUCCAGCAACUUCUUCAAGGAGUUGACAGCUAUAGAAGGAGAAGCGGAGUAUUCAACCUGUCAAAGGAAUGUGGAUGAUUUAAAAAAAAAAAGCAUUGAAGAUUGAUGGACUCUUGUCUUGAAUGUAUUGUGAGUUCCUGAAACAGUCUUAAUGAAGGUUAAUAUGCUGAUGUUACAUUGAA